GGAAAACCAGCCGGAGGAGCUGAAGGAUGGCGAGCCGCUGCUGAGAGUUGGGACGCGCAACCCCGUCGCUACAAAACGCAGCUGCCACUGAUACACCAGCCCACAUAAUCCAUCUGAACCCCUUUUAAAACCCUGCCGAGCCGGAGGAGAGGAGUGGGAACUAAAAAGAGCGCAGUUUGGUCACGUCGCUGCGAGGAAAAAUCUGUGGCACAUUUGCACCAGUUUCCCUUCAUUUCUGCCCUCUUGCCUCGGAAUACCACAGGUACACACUCAUGGGCAGCCUGGGUGUUUGGGCUGUGGCUGUGGCCGCUCUGCUGGGAACCUCAGGGUGCUGGCUGGCUGAAGGGCACAAGAGCAGCAGGCGAGGCAGCGCUGAUACAGCCACAAUGUCACGUACCUCCUCCCAGGAACCAUUCUCCACGGAGAAGGAGAAAGCAGACGGGAACAUCGAUCAAUCCCUCUCUGACCCAGACGGAGGUCCCUGUCGUAGGACUUACUGCGGACGGGGUCGGCAGUGUGUGCUGAUGGCAGAGACCGGCCGCGCUGAGUGUGUUUGCCAGGAAAAAUGCCGGCCCUCCUUUGUGCCGGUGUGUGGCUCGGACGGCAGGUUCUACGAGAACCACUGCGAGGUUUACCGCACCGCCUGCCUGGAGAGGAGACGGAUCUAUGUGGUGCACAGCAAGGACUGCUUCUUCAAAGGCAACGCAUGCACCAUGUCAGAGUACAACAGGCUGAAGAGCAUGCUGCUGGAUAUGCAACCUAAAGUGCUUAAAACUGGAGAGCAGAGCCAGCAGAGAGACAUGGAGGAGAAGAGAGCACUGGUGGACACCAUGUUCAAAUACCUGGACGUGGACCAGGACGGCCGGCUGGUCAGUGAUGAGCUGGAAAAGAUCUCUAUGAAGGAGCACCUGGAGGACAGCCUUCUGGAGUGCACCAUGCAGGACCUGCUGCGUUAUGAUGACUACAACAACGAUGGACACCUCAGCCUACAUGAGUUCUACACAGCUUUCCAGGUUGUCCAGCUGAGCCUGGCAGAGGAUCAGCAGAUCAGUGUCUCCACGGUAACAGUGGGCCUCAGUGCUGUCCUAACCUGUGCCAUCCAGGGGACACUGCGCCCACCAAUCAUCUGGAAGAGGAACGGCAUCAUACUGAACUUCUUGGAUCUGGAGGAUAUCAAUGACUUUGGGGACGAUGGCUCCCUGUACAUCACCAAGGUGACAACCAUCCACAUGGGGAACUACAGUUGCCAUGCCUACGGCUAUGAAGACCUCUAUCAGACACAUGUGCUGCAGGUGAAUGUCCCUCCAGUGAUCCUGGUCUAUCCAGAGACGCAGGCCCAGGAGCCCGGCGUAUCUGCCAGCCUCCACUGCCACGCCGACGGCAUCCCAAAUCCCAAACUCCUGUGGCUGAAGAAUGGCAUGGACCUGCUGCCCAGAUCCUCCAAACAGCUCUCUCUCAUAGCAAAUGGAAGUGAGCUCUUUAUUGGCAGCGUCAGGUACGAGGACACAGGAGCCUACACAUGCAUCGCCAAGAACGAGGUGGGAGUGGACGAGGAUAUCUCCUCUCUGUUUGUUGAAGACUCAGCCAAGAAGACCCUUGCUAACAUUCUGUGGAGAGAAGAAGGGUUGAGUGUGGGCAAUAUGUUCUAUGUGUUUUCUGAUGAGGGCAUCACUGUUCUUCAGCCCAGUGAAUGUGAGAUACGCAGGCACAUGAAGCGCACAGAGAGGAUUGUUGCCACCUAUGAGGAGAUGUGCCCUAAAGGUGAAGGGGUGUCACCUCAGCACUGCGUGUGGUCCUCAGCAGUCAACAUCAGAGAUAAGUACAUCUACGUGACCCAGCCCCUCCUGAGCCGACUGCUGGUGGUUGAUAUUCAAGCACAGAAGGUGGUGCAGGCAGUAACAACAGAUCCUUUUCCAGUGAAGAUGCUCUAUGACAAGUCACAUGACCAGGUGUGGGUCCUAACAUGGGGGGAUAUGGACAGAACACACCCAACCCUCCAGGUGAGUACACAGUGCAUGUUGUAUCUAUCCAGUGCUAGAAUCUAA